UAUUAGUUUAACAUCAGAAAUAAUUUUAUUAGUUGAUGAUAAAUAUAUUUUAUUUUAAAUAAUUUAAUUAUUUAUUUAUAUAUUAAAAUAAAAUAUAUUUAUUAUUAUUAACUAUUAUUUUGGAAAAUAUUAGUUAACAUUAUCUUUAUAAAAAAUAAAACAAAAAAGGGGUGAGCGCAAAUCGGGUCUGAUUCCGCGGCUGUAGGACUAACCGGUGGCGACAAGCGCCGGAACCAAAAUCCAAAACCCCGGCUGUAGGACUAACCGGUAGCGAACAAGCACCGGAACCAAAUUCCAAAACUAACUGUGCCAUUGCACGUUGUUUCUGAUAGGGGACAUGAGAGCUUUAUCUUCUUUGGCUUCUAGGGCUUCUCCUGCAAUCAGAAAUCUCUCGGAAGAAGUGCUUAACCAGAGCAAACCCAGGAUAGAGAGCCCCUCAAAGCCCAUAUCUUGGGCGCCUGUUUACCCGGAACCUACCAGCAAGAACUCGGUUGCCCCUUUUGCUGGUAAGUCUUCAUUGAACCCUCAACUCGGAAGCCCCAAUUGGUUUCGGAUUUCAAACCCUACCAUAUCGUCUAAUAAAGAGAAAUUCCACAUUCGAACAGUUGAUCACCAUUAUAUGUCUCAGAUUCUGUCGAGAAAAGACUGGGUUUUGUUGCUGAACCACGAGCUUAAAGCCAAGAGGAUUGGUUUGGAUACUCGAUCUGUUGUGAGUAUUUUGCAAAACCAAGAAAACCCGUUACACCCUUUGAAGUUUUACAUCUGGGUUUCGAGUAUCAAUCCUCUGUUUGGGAAGGACAAGGCGAUUAGGGGAGUUUUAGCGAAUGCCCUUUACCAGAAAGGCCCGGUUUUGUUGUCUGCUGAGUUGAUUCAAGACAUUAACAACUCUGGGUUUCGGGUUACAGAAGAUUUGAUUUGCAUUUUGAUUGGGAAUUGGGGCAGAUUAGGGCUAGCUAAGUAUUGCGCUGAGGUUUUUGGGCAGAUCUCCUACUUGGGUCUUAAUCCAACUACUAGAUUGUACAAUGCCGUCAUUGAUGCCUUGGUGAAAUCCAAUUCACUUGAUUUGGCUUAUUUGAAGUUCCAACAGAUGCCUGCCGAUAAUUGCCGGCCUGAUAGGUAUACAUAUAAUACCCUCAUUCAUGGAGUUUGCAAGGUUGGGGUAGUGGAUGAGGCACUCCGCUUGGUGAAGCAGAUGGAGAGUUUGGGAUUCUCUCCUAACGUAGUUACCUACACAAUGCUUGUUGAUGGGUUUUGUAAUGCAAAGAAGGUUGAUGAAGCCUUUAAGCUGUUUGAGAUGAUGAAGGAAAGGCAUGUGAAUCCCAAUGAAGCUACAUAUAGAUCUUUAGUUAAUGGGGUAUUUCGUUGUUUCUCACCUGGCAAGGCGUUUGAAUUGUUGUCUAGGUUUGUAGACAAGGAGCCUUUCUUGCCUAGAGCAGCUUGUGACACCAUACUGCUUUGUCUUGCUCGCGAAUGUUUGCCAAGAGAGAUAGCUGGUUUUUUGAGGAAAACCAAGGAUAAAGGUUACUUGCCUGACAAUUCAACUUGUAACAUUUUAAUGACUUGUUUGAUCAAGGGAUUAGACCUUGAGGAGGCCCUUGAUAUACAGGAGGGUUUUGCUAAGAGAGGUUUUAAAUUGUGCUUUAAUGCAUACCUUGUGCUUGUUGAGGAUUUGUUCAAGGUUGGAAAAAUAGUGGAAGCAAAUCAGUAUUUAAACCAGAUGUUCCAAGAUGGACUUGUAGGAAAUGUCUUCUCAUACAAUAUGGUAAUUGAUUGCUUGUCCAAAGCCAAAAUGAUGGACAGAGCAUCAGAAACUUUCGGAGAGAUGUGCCGGAGAGGUGUUGCUCCUAACCUUGUUACUUUCAAUACCCUUGUUGGUGGGUAUUGCAAGGCUGGAGAGGUUGGCAAGACACGGGAGCUAAUGGAGAGGCUCUUACAGCACGGUUUCAAGCCUGACAUUUUCACUUUCAACUCAGUAAUUGAUGGCCUUUGUCGGCUAAACCAAAUUGAGGAUGCAUUGGAUUGUUUCUCUGAGAUGGUAGAGUGGGGAGUCACUCCAAAUGCUAUCACAUACAAUAUCUUAAUCCAUUCCUUGUGUGUCAUUGGGGACAUUGCUAAAUCACUGAAACUUCUGAAAAAGAUGAAAGCUGAUGGAAUAAGCCCAGAUGUUUUCUCUUUCAAUGCCCUCAUCCAAAGUUUUUGUAGGAUGAAUAAGGUAGAAAAAGCACAGAAGGUUCUUGUAACCAUGUUAACUCUAGACCUGAGUCCUGAUAAUUUUACAUAUAGUGCUUUUAUUAAGGCUUUAUGUGAAUUGGGGAGAUUUGAUGAAGCUAAAAACUUGUUUUUUUCAAUGGAGGCAAAUGGAUGUCUCCCUGAUGCUUAUACAUGCAAUACAUUUAUUGAUGCCCUAGUCCAGAGGGCUCAGUUCAAGGAGGCCCAGGACAUAGUGAAGAAAUAUCAAACAGGGGGAAUUUCAUUAAAGCCCAUACCUGUUUUGUAGUGUAAGGCUCCUUCUAAGCUGUUAAAACUAAUCACUGGCUCAUGAGUUUUGGGCUGGUUUCCGGAGCUUUUGGUGCUGGCUGAUGUGCUGCCUGCUGCAUUAAGGAAACAUGUAUACUUAAGGAGAGCAUGGUGACUCUUUGAGACAAAAAAAUUGCACUGGGGCAAGGAAGCUCAUCUGAGAUUUGGAGCUCGUCUGGGUGGUCUCUGGAACGGCAUCUUCCUUGGUUCAACAGUGUUUGCACCUCACGGGCACAUCCCCUAGAGUUCUGAGAAGAUACAUAAUGUUGAUUCUUUUUCUAGUUAUUCAUGACAGCAAGAGUUCUACUGUGAUGGCGAUUUUUUUUUUUUUUGGUUGAAGUGAUGACAAUUCUUUGACCUGGGCAUUGCUCAGAGAGUCAAAUUGAAUGAGUUUGCUCCCCUGUACAUAAUAUCUUCUUGUUUGUAACAUCUCCUACCUGAAAAGGUUGAUCAAAUGUAGCCGAAGCCCCUUUGAACUAUUGUUUAAUGUUUAUAGUUUUACAAUUUAUAAAUAUAUUUGUUGCUUAGAAUUUUAUGCA